GGAAAAUGGAACAGCCAAUGUCAAGGUUGUUAACGAAAUAAAUAUGGCGGUUCGAGUUUGGCGACUUCGAGACUUGAACGUCAUAAUUUUAUUUAUUACAUUACUUUUGUUCUUAUCUAGUUGUGAAGGAGUAUUGAAGUGCAGAUGCUCCCCAUGCCAUCCUAAUGCAGUCAAUGACACAUGCAUCGCAAAGUUCCAGUGCUUCACUGGACUAAGAUUAGUGGUGGAAAAUGGUGAGCAAGUGGAAAUCAUUAGUAAGGGGUGUAUGUCCGAGGAAGAAAACAGCAUACUUCAGUGUAAAGGCCAUUUGGUUCCUCACCGCUUGCCCCGUACGGUAGAGUGUUGUAAUGAUGAAGAUUACUGCAACGACUUCCUGGAUCCUUUAUAUGUGGAACAUAACAACACCCUGAAUUCUGUGCAUGUUGAACAGGAUGAGAUGAUAAACCCCACACAGCUGGUUAUGAUCUUGUCCAUUUCCUCCUGUCUCGUAAUAUUUCUAUUGGUUGUCUCUCUACUAUAUAUAAGGUAUAGAAAGAGAGAAAAUAACAAAAAAGAGCCAUUCAUGCGGGAUCAAGAGGACCAGAGUGAUUCGUUCAUGUCGGACUCCACAAAGGGGCUGAUUGACCAGUCCUCUGGCUGUGGAUCUGGACCCCCCACACUGAUUCAGAGAACAAUAGCCAGAAACAUUCACUUGGUGAAGAGUCUAGGGAAAGGGCGGUUCGGAGAGGUUUGGAAAGGACUCUGGAGAGAGGAGGAAGUGGCCGUUAAGAUAUUUUUUACGACAGAGGAGAGUAGCUGGGCAAGAGAAACAGAGCUUUACCAGUCAGUGUUGCUCAGACAUGAUGGGAUCCUGGGGUACAUUGCCUCAGACAUCAAGGGGACGGGGUCCUGGACUCAGCUGUUUCUGAUCACCGAGUAUCACGAGAAUGGCUCGCUUUACGACUUCCUCCAGACAAACGUGCUCGAUGUGGAGGACAUGCUCAAGAUGUGUCACAGUGCAGCUUGUGGCCUCGGCCAUCUACACUCAGAAAUAUUUGGUACAAAAGGAAAACCAGCGAUGGCUCACAGGGACAUCAAGUCCAGAAACAUUUUGGUGAAGGCUGAUGGCAGUUGUUGUAUAGCUGACCUGGGCCUUGCUGUUAGAUUUGUCAGCGAGUCUAAUGAAGUAGACUUGCCCCCAACCUCCAGACAAGGAACCAAACGUUACAUGGCUCCAGAACUGCUAGAUAGCUCAACCCGCAGAGACCAUUUCGAUGCCUACAAACAAGCUGAUAUCUAUGCCUUCGGGCUGGUGUUGUGGGAGAUUGCAAGGAGAUGCAUUUCUAAUGGAAUUGCUGAUGAUUACCAACCUCCAUACUUUGAGACCAUUCCUGCGAAUACUGAUCCUAGCUACGAGGCCAUGAAGAAGAUCGUCUGUGUGGACAAGAUGAGGCCAGGAUUUCCCAACAGAUGGUCGUCUAAUGAGUACUUAAAAAUGAUGGCCCGCCUGAUGAGGGAGUGUUGGAGUCACAACCCCGGGGCCAGGCUGACAGCCCUGCGAGUGAAAAAGACACUGGGGGGUAUUAUGUUACAGCUGAACAAAAGCGUGAAGCUGGAUGAGGCGGAAAAAAUCACCGAAAUUACAAACAUAAUCAAGAAUAGUGAGUGAGGUGGAGAAUGAAUAAGGUCAAAGGUCAAGAUGACCUGACUGACCUCCAGACAAUGCUCUGUUGUCUUAAAGAAUACCAUGGCAACAUCUAAUAAAAAAGCCCCCUUUCUUGUUGAAAUCCAUCGCAGGGAAAAAAGGGGAUAACUAUUUGGUGCCAUUUAUGAGUGCACUUAUUGAAAAAAAAACGAUGCAGCGAUAAAUCCGGUGUUGCAAUUUUGUUAACGAAUAUCAUUCGUCGCUCGUUUAUUUUGACAAGCAUCUUUGUUUGGGAAGUUUUGUGGCAUUAUGUUUUUUUGUGUCAUGCCACUUCAUUUCAGAUAAAUAAGUGUUUGUUAACCUCUUGUGAACAGUAUGUGAUAAGGCCGAUCUUGCUGACAUUGUGUAGUGGUGCUUUUAGUUUGAUCAAAUGCUAGCUUUUUAUAUGUUUGUAAUGAAAAUUUAGAGCUAAUGGUAGAAAUGAAUGUUAUCUCUAAGUUUAUUAUGGUUUUAACAAGGACACAAACUUCGACUGCUUUAAAAAGCAAGUGAGUCUUUUAUCAUCAUAUUUUUAAAUGUGUAUAGAAUUAAUGUUCAACUUUUCAAACAGCUGUGCUAUUUCAAAUAUUGCUAAGAGUUUGAUUUGCAUUCCUUAUAAACCAUUGGCAGCAGCUACUCAGGAGCCACCACUUCAAUGUUUUAAAUUGCAACCUUACAGGGUCAAAGUAGUAUCCUGGACAGAGGCACCAAUUUAAAAAAAAAUACUUUCUGCUUAAGGUCUGAAAUGUUAUGGUAUUAACUAAACAAGAUUUUGUAUUUAAGAGCUUCAAAUUCUGUUGGUGGCUCUGACCAUUUAUCACAAAAUUUUAUUUUUGUUUUGUUGUAAAAUUAUGAAUUCUCAUUUCUAGUCACUCAGAGUUUGUAUUAACAUUUCAAAUCAAAAAACAUUAAUUAUAUCAACUACUUCAUUUUCAUAGAUUUUUAUAUAAGUUUUUUUGUUUCAAUGCAGUAAGAGCAUUUACAUGUUGAAGGUUGUGUGUACAUAUAUAUAUAUAUCAAUAUAUACCAGUCCAUUUUCCUGCGAGUUUAUCAUGUCAGAUAUUUAUUUGUUUUACUUAUUUUAUACAGUGUAAUGCAGACAAGUUCUAAACCACACCCACCUUAUAGUACACGUGUGAUGCAUCACAAUUUUUUGGAAGAGUAUCACAGGGGUGAAUGUACUUGUAUGUCAGAGUUUUAGAUAAAAAAAAAUGUUAGGGUGUUAUUUCUUCUAGACUUAAAAUGGCCAAUUCUAGCAUCUCAGCAAAUUUUCUUUCUUCUUUGCGUUUAUACCAUUUAGUAUUAUUAACUUUUUUCUUUGUUCAGAAAAAAACAAGUAUUGGUAAUUUCUUGAAAAGGUUCACCUACACGAAUUGCACUUUUUAAAACAACCACUUAUGGAUAUUAUAAAACAUUUCUUCUUCAAGAUUUGAGUCAGUCAAUAAAAGUGAAAACGGUCCAUUCGUAAAUUUUACUUGAUAACACUUUUGAAUUGUUUUCAACAUCAAAUUACAUUCACAUUAUGUAAUCUAUACCUCAGUUUGAUGUCAUGAGAAAAUCCAAGUACUGUAAGUUUGUUUUUCAGUUUAUUUCUAUGCCCUCACUUGUUAGUUGUUUCAUUAGAUGCACAUUUCUUGAUUUCCUUUUUUUUUUUUCAACUUCUUUUUUGUUAUGCAUAAAAAGUGUGUCGAUAUCUAGUGAAUUUUUCUUUGAUACAAAAUUCAUGUGUGUGAAAGGUGAUGAAACUGAUCUGGUUAUAUGUUAACUUAGAAAAGCAUCCCUCAUUUUGCUGUUCAGAUAAAAACCUGAAUCUUUACUUAUAUUUAAUGUAAGAAAUGUGAUUAAGUAUAGUAUACCGAGGAAUCAUUGUUUUUCAUGGGGAGGUAAUAUCAUGAAUUUGCAUGAAUAAAAAAAAUGAUGAAUUUGUUGAGGAUGUAAAUUCGUAGGUAAGAGGUACCCAUGAAUCCCA